AAGCAGAACAGAAUUUGGUGGCAUUCCAAUACAAAGGGGAUAUUUAUUUUGCAACUAUCAAAUAUUACAAGUAUCGGUUAUCGAAGCUCGGGCAGUCUUCAAACUCUCAAACUGUUCAGGAAAUACCAGCACAAUGUGAACUCAAAGUCUGGUUUUCAAAGGACUAUGCAGAGAGGAUGGGAACAAGAAUACUUGCUGAGGAGGGUGUUUCAUGGCAGUUUCGCACUCGUCAGAGGUUUCGAUGUCGUGGGUGUGAGGUUGUUUUCAGUAGUGCUGCUAGCCUGACAAACCACCGUUGCAUAAGGACUCCCCAGACAUCAAAAAGUGAGACUCCAAGUAGUCGAGGUAGGCUGGGCAAAAAGGGUGUCAAACGAGGUGGAGGUCAGUUUGUUGCAACGCCCUCUACAUCAGGUAAGAGAUCUGCUGCUAAGAGUAUUUCACAACAGCAGCAGGCUGAUAAACCAAAAUCUAGUUUGAAGGAGGAACUUACCUCCCCUGCAUCAUCAAGUGACUCUGAGGAAUCUGAAGUGCUUAGCUUCUCACCCCAGCGGAGAAGUCCGCGAUCCAGCCCCCGGGGCCGUGGAAGUGGUUACUCUUGUAACGUUUGUCAAAAAGUGUUUCAUAGCCCUGGAAAGCUAAAACAGCAUUCAUACUCUCAUACAGGUGAAAGACCUUUUUCUUGCAACCUUUGUCUCAAAGCAUUUUCAUCUCGAUUUAAAUUAGUGCGCCAUCAGUUAAUACAUACAACUGAACGGCAACAUCAGUGUCCUCUAUGUGAACGUAGUUUUCAUCGUAAAGACCACUUAAAGAAUCACAUUCAGAUUCAUGAUCCUAACAAACAGUUCAAAUGUGAAAGGCCUGAUUGUGGCAAAGAGUACAAUUCUUAUAUGUCCUAUAGAAAACAUUGUGCAGUACAUGCUGCAGAAGAAGGAGACUUACAGUGCAAAAUUUGUCAAAAAAUGUUUGAAACAAAGCCUGACCUGAUUUAUCACCUUAAGGUUCAUGUGGGGUCCAGAUCUGUCAAAAGUCCGAGUGAAAAGAAAUUUCAAUGUGACCAAUGUGAUAGGCGUUUUUUCACACGUAAGGAUGUGAAACGUCAUCUUGUGGUUCACACGGGAAAGAGAGAUUUCAGUUGUAGUAUCUGUCCCCAGAAAUUUGGAAGAAAGGACCACUUAGUUAGGCAUAUUAAAAAAAGCCAUGGAAUUUCUGAUUUAAGCCGAAUGGAAGGUUUAGAAUUCAGUGCUGCAUCAUCUUCUGCACCCCAAGCACUCUCUCCUAAUGCUAGUGUGGCUUCGUCUCCUCCACCUACCUCGGGGAAUCAUCCCUUGCCUAUGGUACUUUUACCAGAGCCUGUGGCAGGGCCAUCUGGGUUGUCUGGUCCAUCUGGACUCUCUGCUACUACAAGCCUUAUGGGGCAAGCAGGGGAGACACACUUCAUCUCACCAUCAUUCCAGCAAGAUUUUAGAAUGUUUGAAGAAACUAUCAAAGAAGAACCAGAACUUCAGCCAAGCAUGGAAGAAAUUGGUCCUGGAGGAGAUGAUUUAAGUAAAAUAUUAGGAAUGUAUUUACCUUCAGGUUCAAUCAACAUAACAGGUCCCUCCUUACUAGACCCAACAACUCACCGUGUUGAAGAAGGAGAGCAUCAACGCAGUCUGUUAGGGUCUGCUCUGCUACGUAUACCACAGGAGGAACAAAAGGAAUCCGUUUUAUUAGGGCAGGGAGCUAGUUUCUCGAGAGAAACGAUAGAAACCAGGUCUCUUCUCUCUGGAUCCCAGAGUGAAGAGUUUAGUCAGGAAGGAAUGAUGCCUGCAUCUUUAAUUUCGAGUGAAUCGUCAGGUGUGUCUGGAAGGUCCCUGCAUUCCCCAGGGCCAGUAUCCCAGCUCUCAGGAAGUGGAAUCCCUGCUGUCACUACUGCUGCUACAACCACUAGUGCCACAGUCUCCACAACUGCCUCGCUUCUUCCCUCACUGCCAGGAUUUGACCAAGUGUUCCCUUAAUAAGUGGUGUGGGAUCUGUGAUACAAGCAGAGAAGUACCUUGACUUGUGCAGGGAAGAAAUAAAGUGAAUGGGAAAUUAAUUUUACUUGUAAAAACAGGCAGGGCUCUUUUUAUUAAGCUGAGGUGCACAGGUUAUGUUUGAGAAAAUGGAAAAUAGUACCGGGUAUGCUGAAAUUAGGUAACAAAUUACUGAAGAGGUAUGAAGAAGACUGGCAUUUAAACCCUUUGAUCAUAGGGUGAACCAAUUGCUUACUUUCAUCACUUGUAUGUACUGUAGUGCCAGAUUAGGUUUAAGUGUCUGCUGCAAUAUUGAAUCAUUGUGAAAUCUGGUGUAUCUUUGAUGAGGAAACAGUCGCAAUAUUUCCAUUUAUAAAUGAUUAAAACCUAUGUCAGAGAGCUGUACAUCUGAAUGCUAUAAUUGAAAAUUCUUAGGGAAUAUGUUCUAUCUAAUAUUCUUAAAAGUUUGAUAAAAUGAAACCCAACAAAAUCUCACCAGUCACAUUUGGAACGAAGUACCUGAUUGGCAAAAUCCCCAAGUUUUUAUUGUAUUGCAGUAGUCAUUGUGUUUGUGUAGUUCCUGUAGCUAUAGUUUCUUUUAUUUCUAUAUUUUUUCAUCUUUUCUCUUGAAUUUAGAGUUUUAUUGCUUAAGAUAAUGAAUUAUUCUUCAAGAUUAAGCCCUCUUCUACCUCUGUUAGGAUUAAGAAUGAUGUAAGGAGUACAAAGCUGAUGGUUAGGAUGUCUGUGGCACUGUGGGUGACGUCUGCAUUGGAUAGGUUAAGUUUGAUGCCAUUAUGUACAUUUGAACCUUUGACCUAUGUGUUACAAAUACACAAGUAAUGUUUAACCAGGUGACAACAGAGAACAUAAUUGGUUCCCUUGUUUUUAGCUAGAUAGGUUAUGUAUUGGCUUCCCUUGUGGACACUUUGGAGUGCAAAUUUACCAAACUUUCUUUUUAAAGAUUUAUGUACAUUAAGAAGAAAAUAUUUACAAAUGCAUAUUGGCAUUUAUACAUGACUUUUGCAAGUGUCUUUGAAUUGCCAACUUCUAACUUCAAAAAUAUUUUCACCAUUCAUUUUAAUGACUUCGACGCCUCCUGGUGGAGCGCCCCAGUUUCAGAGAUCUUCGUAGUAAGCAUCUCUCCCAAGUGGAGGAAGCUAAUCUUCUACACAAGCUUUGAGUUUUAUCUAUUAACAUUUAAAUGUUUUUCACGAAAGUUCUAUGUUAUUUGUUACUUGUUUUUGCCUUGCAUUAUUUGAUUUUAGUUUUUUAAGCGUAAAUUUUAAUUCGGCGACAUAUGACCUAAGCUGGUGCGUCACCAGGGAUGUAAUCACCACACUCAAUCACUCAAUCUUUCUAAUGUAUAGGUUAUGUGGGAUGGUAUUGCAGCUAACUUUUUCACUUGCCUCUUUUUAUCUUGUUGCAUAUACUGUAUGGCUCAUAGAUGUUAGGAACACAAAGGCAGAGAGUAGUCAGCAAAACAACCAGAACUGCAGCACAUCACAUUUUGUGACAGAAGAGUCCUUUAGUAUGAAGUAAAUAUAACUUUACAUAGCAGAGUUUACAAUUUAUUUAUAUUACAUAGUAGAUUUUGCUAUUGGUAUUUUUUUUUAAACUUUCACCUCCUGGGUGUAUAUAAUGUUUUCUGUGAGUCUUUGUUUUAUUCAGGAGCCAAUUUUAUUUUUAUAUAGUUUCUCCUUCUGUCGUUUCUGUUUUUGCAGAGUAGAAGGAUAAUUAUGACGGAUGGAUUAGGAAAACCUAAGAGGACAAAAGACAUAUAUAGUGACAGAGCACACUGGAGACAUUUCUGUUGUGGUCAUCUCCUCAAAGGGGAGGUCCAUACAGGGGAAAUGAAGCAUUACAGAUUAGAUAAGUAAGGAUAAUUUUCAAGGUAUGAAUCUUUGAAAGAAUUUAUUUUUGACAGUAUAUCUGUACUAUAUAUGUAUGAAAGGAUAUUGUUCAAGAGUAUUUAUGCGGGGAAGAACAUUGAGAAUAAAUUAUCUGUGGAAGGAUGUACAAUAUGAGUGGAAAUAUUGUACAGUACAAUACAGUACAGUACUUAUGCAGGGAUAUAUGAAAAUGUAGUGGAAACUGGCUAGAUCAUGAUGUUUGGUUCAGGCUGUCCUAGUGAUAUUGAUAUCAUACCCCCUCUUGCAGAGAGAAGGGAACAAUGGACACAAGUGUAGCUGAACUGAUCACUGGUUAGACAUACUGCAUGUGCUAUACUGUAAGAUGUAAAAGAUUUUUCUUCAAUUUACAUACCUAAUAGCCUUUUGUAAAUCAUUGUCACCAAUAUCAAUAAUACCAUUUUAUGGAAAUUUUCCAUAUACUGUAUGACACAAGCUCUUCUGAAAUGUAAUUACAGUACAGUACAGUACAGUACAGGUAUCCCUCGUUAUCCAAAUGUUUGGUAUCCUAAAAUUCGCUUAUCAGAAAAUUUUAUUCUUUCACCUAUUUUAUUCAUUAUCUGAAAGAUGGUUUGAUUGAAAAUUCAAAUCACCCUUUUGUGGUAAGCCCUGACUGCCCUCCAAUUAGGUAAUGUACACUCACACCAAAAAGUAUCAGUGCAGGGUGAGAUCGACGACUUCCGAAACGAUACGUAUACACUGUGAUAUGUCGGGAAGGUUGGUAAGUGUAUCCUCAU